CACACACUCACACGCACACACGCACACACGCAGACUCGCGCAAGAAGCUCGAGCCCCAGAGCUCCGGGGAGCGAGGACGUAAACGUGGAGCACGAGAGGAUGUGGGUAUGCUGACAACUGCAAACCGCCGCAGAUUAAAGACGCGCUGCAGACAGGCCAGGCAGCCGCUCUGAUCCUGCAGUUGUACCAACAACCCUACGAGGAAUGUAGCUCGUUCUCUGAGAUGCUCGUGUCCAGCAUGGUGCCCUGACCUCCGCCCAUCCACUCCCGCUGGGGGCGGCGUCGCCAUGAGGGGCCGCUGCUCGCGGAAACUGGGCCUGCUGCCCAAGGCCUUCUUCCUGGUCUGGCUCCUGUGGCUGGCCUACCUCAUCAUGGCGCGUUCCUCCUCCAGCUCCUCCUCCCCCUCCUUGUCGCAGCCCGGCGACGGGGACGACGCCGCCGUGGACCACAGGAGGCUCGCGCGGCAGCUGGAGGACCCAUUAGCGGAGCUCGAGCUGGCCCGGCCGGUGUACAGCAAGCUGCCGGCGGACGCCAACGCGCUGGGGGAAUGGGGCGUGGCCACGCGCCUCAGCCUCAGCCCCGAGGAGAAGAAGCUGGAGCAGGACAGCGUGGAGCGCUACGCCAUCAACAUCUACACCAGCGACAGGAUCUCCCUCCACCGCCACAUCCGGGACAGCCGCAUGGCCGAUUGCCGUGCCAAGAAGUACGACUACCGGUCGCUGCCCACCACCUCGGUGGUCAUUGCCUUCUACAACGAGGCGUGGUCCACGCUGCUGAGGACGGUGCACAGCGUGCUGGAGACGUCCCCCGCCACCCUGCUGAGGGAGGUCAUCCUGGUGGACGACUACAGCGACAGGGGCUAUCUCAAAGCUCAGUUGGAGGAGUACAUGAGUAAGCUGGCGCGCGUGCGGCUCAUACGAACCAACAAGAGGGAGGGGCUGGUACGUGCGCGGCUCAUCGGCGCCACCUACGCCACCGGGGAUGUACUGACCUUCCUGGACUGCCACUGCGAGUGCAUCCCCGGGUGGAUCGAACCACUCCUGGAGAGGAUCGGCCAGAACCAGAGCACCAUUGUGUGCCCGGUGAUCGACACCAUCGACUGGAACACCUUUGAGUUCUACAUGCAGACGGACGAGCCCAUGAUCGGGGGCUUUGACUGGCGGCUUACCUUCCAGUGGCACGCCGUGCCAGAGGUGGAACGCAAGAGACGCACGUCCCACAUCGACCCCAUCAGGUCGCCCACCAUGGCCGGCGGGCUGUUUGCAGUGAGCAAGGCCUACUUUGAGUACCUGGGGACCUACGACAUGGGCAUGGAGACAUGGGGAGGGGAGAACCUGGAGCUCUCCUUCAGGGUGUGGCAGUGUGGGGGCUCGCUGGAGAUCCACCCCUGCUCCCACGUGGGCCACGUCUUCCCAAAGAAGGCCCCCUACGCCAGGCCCAACUUCCUCCAGAACACGGUGCGCGCCGCUGAGGUCUGGAUGGACUCCUACAAAGAGCACUUCUACAACAGGAACCCGCCCGCCAAGAAGGAAUCUUACGGGGACAUCUCCCAUCGGGUGCUGCUAAGGCAACGGCUGAAGUGCAACAGCUUCGACUGGUACCUGAAGAACAUCUACCCCGACCUUCACGUCCCCGAGGACCGCGCCGGCUGGAACGGCGCUAUUCGUAACGGUGGCAUCACGUCCGAGUGUCUGGACUACAACUCUCCGGAUCACAAUCCCACCGGAGCCCACAUCUCCCUGUUCGGCUGCCACGGCCAGGGCGGCAACCAGUACUUUGAAUACACGUCUGAGAAGGAGAUCCGCUUCAACUCGGUGACUGAGCUUUGUGCUGAGGUCCCUGAGGGGCAGACCUACCUGGGGAUGAGGCACUGCCCACACGACCGGGAGACCAAGCCCCCCUCCUCCAUCUGGGAGUUCCGAGACGACGGGACCCUCUACCACCCCCACUCAGACAUGUGUGUGACGGCGUACCGUGCGCCAGAGGGCCGCACCGACGCCCAGAUGCGGCGCUGCAGCGCCGGAGACAAGCACCAGCAGUGGAAGUUUGAGUUGUAGUAAACGGUGAACCCCAAACCAUAAAGAGGAUAAGCCACACCCCACGGUGACCUUUGAACUCUGAAAUGCAGUUAUGGUCCCCCCCCCCCCCCCCUCAUGGCAGACGUGUCGCCCCAGCGGUCCGUCCCACUUUUCUAGGUCUAAUCACUCCAGCUCCCACCCAGACGGAGCAGAACCGUUCGCUUUAAGCCGGUUGCGGUUCCGCCAGUGGCCUUCACGGACGGUUGGGUGGAAGAGCGUUGGGGACUGAGGUCUCAUGAGGGGGACAGCCUGAAACCCCGACUCCUUCAGUUUAUGCCCGAACCGCCACCAGCUGUCGUUCAAGUGCCUCCAUAACGAAUCAACAAGUACACUGCCUGUCCAUUGUCAUACUGUGCGAGCGAGGUGAGGCUCAUGGCUAACCGGGCGUACCUGCUACGAAGCAACCGUAGCGCUGUGCUCUCACAGGGCUACGCAGUGAGACCGGGCCGCCGUCCCUCACGCUACUGCGAUCAUCAUUCCAACUACAGCCAGGGGAUUCAGUUGGUUUCAGUGGUAGAACACUGCCUGAAUAAGACUUGAACGUGUGCGUGUGUGUAUCUGUGUGUAUGUGUGCGCGCGUGUGUGUGUGUGUGUGUGUGUUACUAAGUGCAAUUUGCAGAGGGAUUUGACGAGUCAAGAACGAGGUAGAAUAGUCGUCAUGGUAGCCUGUUCUCCUCCCUGCAGAAGGACUGAAAUCAAGUCCCCAUCGAUCCCUGUGCCUUCUCCAAAGGACUACCAGCCCAGUACAGCAGUAGUUGUAUGUGCCAUAAUGACAGCUGCCAGAUCCAAUGUAUUUAAUUAUUUUAAAUUACCUCUGUAAACUACAACGAUCGUACAAAGGAACUGUGGUGUCCUGUCACCAGUACAGCAUGUGGCUUUGCAUUGUUUGAUCUCGUCAAUUAUUGCUCCAUAUUUUUGUAAAUGCUGUUGCACCUUAAUGCAUUUUUAAAGGCAUCCUUUGAUUGAUUUGAAUAUGUUGAGUGGCCCAGGCUCUGUCUCUAAUGCUUUCCUGAUUAUUUGAAAUGAUACCAGCACUCUUCCCUUCUGGACUUGAUGGUCUUUUGCUUUUGGGGUUUUGGAGAACCAGUUAUGAUUGCUGGUAAAAAAAUAAGUGCAGUAACAUUUGUAAUUGCUUCAGACUGCAACUCAAAACAUUGGUUUCUCCUCUAUGGUUGUUGACCUAAAUAGGAUAUUAAUGCUAGUCCAUUGGAUGGUUAAUCAUUCAAAAAUGACUAUGUCCUUUACACCAUGGCUAAUGGUUGACAAGGGGCAGAUCACUGAACAAUGAUUGUGAAUGGUUAUCAAUAAGACUACUGAUGAAUCGAAGUAUGGGUAUUGAUUAUUUUAUAUAAGAUGGGGGUGUUAGUUUUCCUUUGGAUUUUGAUGAGGUUGUGUCAACGAUUAAAGAAACAAAGUAACCAAA